AUGAAGGCAAGGAUAACCAAGGAUGGUGCUGAUCGAGAAAGCAUCCGAGACAAGCUCAAGCUGUGUAUUUAUCCGCUUGCUCCAACAUCACAUCCUCCAAAUAUCGUGAACAUAGUGAGUGGUCAGGUGGCGGAUCACAAAGUAAAUGUUCAAGAUGCUGUAGCUAUUGGUACCAAGCAAAUGCAAGAAUUCGAAAAAAGCUGGCCAGAAGGGUUCGGGAGUACAAUCUCAAAGAAAGUCAAAACUGUUGCAGACAGUAAGAAACAUAUCAAGGUUGGCUCAAAGAAGGUGUAUGAUACUUCGGUGAUUUACAGUAGAGUGAUAGGCAUCCAAGCAAGUUCAAGGGACAUUGAUAUCAAGGAGGUAUUGAGUCAUGAGCUGGCUCCUGUGCCGACGUCAAUGUUUCUUGACUCAGGUGCAAUGCGAAUCUGCAAAGCAAAAUCGGAGUUAAAAAAAGCGGCUUGCAAAAGAAGCGUCAUCCUCAUGUAAUAUAUCCAAUGUUGUGGCAACUGUGCUGGAUGGCUCUGCAGUGCUGUGGGUUGUCCAUUGGCCGGUUAAAGGUGUUAUCGUCGACUUCGUGGAGAAUUUCAAGGGGUUCUUAUUGAAGAAGCUACUAGAUUCCGAUGUCUACUUGAUCUUCGACAGGUAUCGUGAGUACAGCACCAAGAGUGUAACAAGAGACGCGAGGACAUGUGAGGUAAGCAGGGUGAAUCAGCUUACAGAAAACACACCUUUUCCUUCACAGAAGGCUGUGCUAACAGUUUAUCCCAACAACAAACAGCUGAUGUCUAUAAUUUGCAACAACAUUAUCAACAAUGGAGCAUUCCAUAUUCAACAUACUAUGGGGAACAAGCUGGUUAUCACAGGUAGCGACGAUGUCCCAACCGAGAUCCACAAGGGGCUUGUCAUUGCAAGGAGAGACAUUGCAACAUCUCACGAAGAAGUAGAUAACAUCAUUGUACAACAAGCUAUCAUAUGUGCAAAAGAGCAAUCCGGUGCUACAGUCGUUGUUGCAGAUGACACAGAUGUGCUUAUUCUGCUCCUGUAUCAUUAUUGGAACGAACGUCUUACCUGCCCAAUGUUUAUGAUCUCACCGAUUCAGCAAAGAUCACUUAUCGACAUUAAGACCACUGUACAAGCCCACCGUACCAUCAUACCUGGUUUACCAGCAGCCCAUGCGCUAUCCGGUUGUGACACUGUACCUACAUACUUCGGAAUUGGCAAGGGAACUGUCUUGAAGAAUCUAAUUAUUGCUGCUCCCAACUCGUUGUCGCUGUUAGGAUGUUCAGAUGCGCCACUUCCUGAUGUUGUUGACCAGGCAACAAAGUUUAUCAGUGCUUGCUACAGCAAAACAGUUCAUGAAAAGACGAUGUCCAAUGUCAGAUACAAGAUCUGGACAACGAAGUUUGGAAAUACUGCAACUUCAGCCCCAAAGAUACAAGCACUGCCACCUACCACAGAAGCAUUUGUAGAGAACGUGAAGAGAGCCCACCUUCAGACCGGUAUUUGGAAAGCAGCACUGACCCUAGAUCCACCUACUCUUGAUCCAGUCAAAUACGGAUAUGUGAGACAUGAGCCUUCCAAGUCAUUGCUUCCAACAACUGUACCAGACGGUGUUACAUUGGCGCCAGAUGAUAUAAUAUAUCUGAUCAAGUGCAACUGUGAAGGUGCCUCAGCGUGCAGAAACAUGAGGUGCAGCUGCAACUGCAGCAAAUUGCCAUGCACUUUGUUUUGCAAAUGCGACGCUGGAGAUGAAUGUCUAAACGAACUUACCAAGACGGUAGUUACGCCAAGAGAGGCCACCGACUAA